UUCAUCGGUCUGCUGUCGCAGAGGCAACGUCAACCGGCUUAUUAAGUCCUACGCUUGCGGAAGUGUUACGUUUUACAUUCAGUUUUUUAAUUUGCAGAGUGCCACGUGCUACAUUCAACAAGUUAACACUAACUCUAAUAUAGCAAAAAGAUAAAAAUAUAACAAUACAAGUGUCAAUUAGUGUUCAAGUUUUUUUCAUUCAUCUAAAGUACUUACAAAGAAAUAUUCGCAAAUAUGUGCGACUAUGAUGAUGAACUUUAUCAUGAACGACUGCCGAAUGUCUGUGGCGCCAUGGGCACCAAGGCCCGAAAAUGUUGCAGCACUGAUACCGUCAAGCGAUUGUUGCCCAUUUGCAAAUGGUUACCCAAGUACCAGGCCAGGUAUCUAAUUGGCGAUAUGGUGGCGGGCUUAACUGUCGGUCUCACAGCUGUGGCACAGGGUAUCGCCUAUGGUGCCGUUGCCGGUCUGCCGCCAGUUUAUGGUCUCUACUCAUCGUUCAUGGGUAGCUUUAUGUACAUAUUAUUUGGCACCUGCAAGGAUAUCACAGUGGGACCCACAGCUAUUAUUUCAAUGAUGGUGAAUCCACAUAUCGACGGAAAUCCGGACCUUGCAGUACUCCUGUGCUUUUUAUCUGGUUGCCUUAUAUUGCUGCUGGGAUUAAUGAAUCUGGGCGUGCUGAUGCGCUUCAUUUCGAUGCCGGUGACGACAGGUUUCACAUUGGCAGCUGCUAUGACUGUGGGCAGUGGUCAGAUUAACAAUCUUUUUGGCAUCGCGAGCAACUCGAAUGAAUUUCUCAAGUCCUGGAUAAACUUUUUUGGUCACAUUGAAGAGACACGUCGUAAUGAUGCAAUUCUCGGUUGUUGCACUCUCAUUCUGCUGCUGUUAAUGCGGAAACUAAAGGAUCUCAACUGUGGCUUCCGCCAACUGAACAGAUAUCUGUCACUGUGCCGUAAUGUCUUGGCCGUAUUCUUGGGCAUAUUAUUGUGCUAUCUACUUAGCCGCGACUCCGAAGAAAUGCCCUUCCGGGUCAGUGGUGAAAUCACAGCUGGUCUACCGCCCUUUCGUCCACCGCCUUUCCACACUGAGAAUGAGGAUGGAGAGUCUGUGGACUUUAGCGGCAUGGUCACGAAAUUGGGAGGAUCUAUCGCGUCUAUAGCUUUUCUCAGCAUAUUGGAGAGCGUAGCCAUUGGAAAAGCAUUCUCCAAGGGACAGAUUGUGGAUGCCUCACAGGAGAUGGUGGCACUCGGAUUUUGCAAUGUGUUUAGCAGCUUUUUCUCGUCAAUGCCAAUUACCGGAUCCUUUGGACGAUCGGCCGUUAACAAUGCCAGCGGAGUUCAGACGCCACUUGGCGGUGCCAUCACCGGCAUCCUGAUCCUGAUGACCCUAGCCUUCCUUACUCCUACGUUCGCUUACAUACCCAAGGCGACACUGGCUGCGAUCAUCAUAUCAGCUAUGUUAUUCAUGGUGGAGUAUGACAAGAUAGCCGAAAUCUGGCGUGCCAAGAAACGCGACAUGCUGCCAUUUCUGGCCACGGUGCUGAGUUGUCUUUUCUGGUCAUUGGAGUAUGGAAUGCUAGUGGGUGUCGUGGCCAAUGCGCUCUUUAUACUGAAAAAGAGCAUGACGCCACAGUUCCAGCUCGAAACACAAAAGCACAAUGGCAUCGAGCUGUGUCUUGCCGAGCUGAAGGGCAGUGUGGAUUACACAGGAGCCGAAUAUUUGAAAACAACAAUUGUUACUCACGUGACGGAGCACAUGAGUAGCAUUACUCUGGUGGUCAUUAAAGGCGCCGAGAUUAAUUCAAUUGAUGCGACAGUGGCAGAUACCAUUGUUUCAUUACGAGAAGAUCUUAAACUUCUGCAUUGCGAUCUCAUUUGCUGGAACUGGAAUGUGGCAGCAGCAGGCGUUGUAUGCCGCAUGCAAAAGAAGGCGCGCAGCAUGUUCAAGUUUACAAAAAGCUUUACGGAAUUAAUCGAAACGAUAGCACCACAUGUCGGCAAUGGAAGGGAGAUCGGGUGUGGGAGCGGGAUCGGGAGUGCGAGCGGAAGCGGAAGCAGACGCGUUUCUCAUACUGCAUGCGACUUAAGUCAGCAAUAAAGUAUUGCUUAAAGAAGUGUGCUUUGGGCGAGAGUGCUCGAAUUGAAGAAACCCUGUACGACUUCUUGACUACCAUUUAUUUAUCCUUUGUACAAAUGUAUAAACUCUUUUAAAUGUAAUUUAUAAUUACAAAUACAUUCAAAAAUGUAUAUUUUAGUAAAGUAAUUGUUUUAACAAAAAAAAAAUCACUUUUCUU